AUGGCAGUUGCCUCGCGCUUUGUUUGCCAAGUUUCUCGUUUCAAAUCCGUGAGGAGAGUCGGGGUCACUAUGCUGUCUCAAGUUCGUCUUGUCAGGCGAGGUCCUAACGCGUCUCCCUUGCCAUAUACCGCAUCGCCGCUCAAGCUGGUCUUGAACGACCUCUGCCUGUUUGUUCAGAAUUCAUGGGCACUCCCGAACAUCAUUCUACCUCUUUGCCUCGGGCGAACGGCCUCGCUCGAUGAGCUGCACCCGUCCUUUCAAAAUGGAGUGUCAGUAGUCACCCAGACUUUCCUCACCGUCAGCCAACUGCUUUUUCUCUUUUCCGUGCCGCUUGGGAUUAUGUUCGUGAUCCCCGCUCUAUGGAUCAUUCUAUACGUCACGAUCAGUUUGGUCAUGAACUUUGUGAUUUGUAUGCUGGUGUUGAACGGCUUCGGACGGGUCUUGGUGUCACAGGUGCCGGUGAAUGAGCAGCCUGGCCAUGAACGGGAGCAGUGGCUUUUUAUAAAUGGAGUGGCGGGCGGUCAUUAUUGGGUACAAAAUAAUAUCGAUCAGUUAUCGUACACCUUUGGUCGGAAAAUCACCGGGAUACACAACCGCACUGCUGGCUUGACUUUUGAUCUGAUCGAGUGUUUGAUCCAGCGAGGCUUUGCCUACGCCACUGGUGACGUGCGGAGCGCCUACCCGAUGGUCAAAAAGGCACUGUUAGAUCCCGCAUGUGAGAAGGUGGUCCUCAUACUUCACAGCCAGGGGGGUAUCGAGGGUAGCUUGAUUAUCGACUGGCUAUUGGAUGAGAUGCCGCAGGACAUUCUUGAACAGUUGGAAGUGUAUACAUUUGGAAACGCUGCUAACCACUUCAACAACCCUCGUCGUACGUGGCGACGCGGGCCCAACGAAGGCUCAAAUGGUCACCGACGAGCCAACCGAUCCAUUGGAUACAUUGAACACUAUGCUAAUGCGGCUGACCCGGUCACUUGGCUGGGGGUUCUGCGUUUUGCCAAUAUUCCGAAUCGCUAUAUGGGCCGGCUCUUUGUCCGCCCAGGAUCAGGUCAUCUGCUGAACCAGCAUUAUCUAGACAAUAUGUUCACCCUUGGCCCUGAUAUGAGAGUUCUGGAAUCGAAUCCUUUCAUGGACAUGGAAGUGGAGACCACAACAGACCCGGCUUUGGAGAGGACCAUGGGCGGCUCAGAAGAGCCAGACGAAGGUCGGGAGGAAACACUACUUCCUAUACCUAUCAUGGAGAACCGAUCAAGACAGGCAUACAAGCCAGACGAUAACCGAGAGCCUCUUCGUGUGAAAGAUUUCAGUCGUCUCUGGCAAUACCGGAACGGAGGCUCGCCGGGACGACAAAAGAGCGAUCAACCGCAAGACUUUGAAUGCUUCUCAUGCCUCGACAGGUAA